AUGACCAUCUCCUCACUGCUCCACGCACCUGCCGUUGCCGAUGCCGCUGCCGCUGCUGCUGCUGCUUCGGCUGCACCUGAUGCCUCAUCCGGCUGCCGGCUGCCGGCUGCCGUCUGCACAACCAUCAUGCCCACCUCGGUGAUCUGCAAUAGCAUCGCCAAGGCCGCCAGCGCCGCAUGUGCGGGCCACGUACUACUUACUGUGCCACAUACAUGAAUGCCUAAUGCUACUGCGCAUGCUGUCCGCACAGGCAGGUCUACCAAUGCCUGCCAAUCAUGACUGCUCUGCCACAUGUCCCAAUUCACAUGCGCAUCAUGGACUGCGCAAAGCAACAACAACAACAACAUGUACAUACAAUUGCAUUGCCUGACGCACUGCUAACUACUGCUUCUGCUGCCUUCAUCUACAUAUAUGUAGGUGCAGACAGCGGGGCAUGUGGAUGUGCGCCUGCAGUAUGCACAAGCUCCCACUGGCAUCAUACUGGUUAGAGUAGACAAACAUGAUUCAUGCGAUACGUCACUUCCUGUCGCCAGGCCCAGGCCCUCACUUGGCGUUACUAAAAGGAAGAAAGCCAUUGAAGACGGUGUGAAUGCCAGACAAAUUGCUAUGCCUCGGCCAACAGCAACUGCCACAGCAACAACAACAUCCUCAUCAGCAUCAGCAUCCAGCCCGACUGUCAUAUUUCCACCAAAAUCCCACCUCAUUACCUCUGCUCACUAUGUGACAAUCAUGCAAGGCAUACCUCAGUUGCACUUAGUAGACAUUCGGCACAACCAUCCUCAUGCGCAAUGCAACCGACCAAUCCAUCUCUAAUCACACAAUGCCCAUCUCCUCAGUCCUCCACGCACCUGCCGUUGCCGCUGCCGCUGCUGCUGCACCUGAUGCCUCAUCCGGCUGCCGGCUGCCGUCUGCACAACCAUCAUGCCCACCUCGGUGAUCUGCAAUAGCAUCGCCAAGGCCGCCAGCGCCGCAUGGGCGGGCCACGUACUCCUUACUGUGCCACAUACAUGAAUGCCUAAUGCUACUGCGCAUGCUGUCCGCACAGGCAGGUCUACCAAUGCCUGCCAAUCAUGACUGCUCUGCCACAUGUCCCAAUUCACAUGCGCAUCAUGGACUGCGCAAAGCAACAACAACAACAACAACAACAACAUGUACAUACAAUUGCAUUGCCUGACGCACUGCUAACUACUGCUUCUGCUGCCUUCAUCUACAUAUAUGUAGGUGCAGACAGCGGGGCAUGUGGAUGUGCGCCUGCAGUAUGCUCAAGUUCCCACUGGCAUCAUACUGGUAAGAGUGGACAAACCUGAUUCAUGCGAUACGUCACUUCCUGUCGCCAGGCCCAGGCCCUCACUUGGCGUUACUAAAAGGAAGAAAGCCAUUGAAGACGGUGUGAAUGCCAGACAAAUUGCUAUGCCUCGGCCAACAGCAACAGCAACAACAACAACAACGACAACAUCCUCAUCAGCAUCAGCAUCAGCAUUCAGCCCGACUGUCAUAUUUCCACCACAAUCCCACCUGAUAACCUCUGCUCACUAUGUGACAAUCAUGCAAGGCAUACCUCAGUUGCACUUAGUAGACAUUCGGCACAACCAUCCUCAUGCGCAAUGCAACCGACCAAUCCAUCUCUAAUCACACAAUGCCCAUCUCCUCACUGCUCCACGCACCUGCCGCUGCCGCUGCCGCUGCUGCUGCACCUGACGCCUCAUCCGGCUGCCGGCUGCCGUCUGCACAACCAUCAUGCCCACCUCGGUGAUCUGCAAUAGCAUCGCCAAGGCCGCCAGCGCCGCAUGUGCGGGCCACGUACUCCUUACUUUGCCACAUACAUGAAUGCCUAAUGCUACUGCGCAUGCUGUCCGCACAGGCAGGUCUACCAAUGCCUGCCAAUCAUGACUGCUCUGCCACAUGUCCCAAUUCACAUGCGCAUCAUGGACUGCGCAAAGCAACAACAACAACAACAACAACAACAACAUGUACAUACAAUUGCAUUGCCUGACGCACUGCUAACUACUGCUUCUGCUGCCUUCAUCUACAUAUAUGUAGGUGCAGACAGCGGGGCAUGUGGAUGUGCGCCUGCAGUAUGCACAAGUUCCCACUGGCAUCAUACUGGUAAGAGUGGACAAACCUGAUUCAUGCGAUACGUCACUUCCCGUCGCCAGGCCCAGGACCUCACUUGGCGUUACUAAAAGGAAGAAAGCCAUUGAAGACGGUGUGAAUGCCAGACAAAUUGCUAUGCCUCGGCCAACAGCAACUGCCACAGCAACAACAACAACAACAUCCUCAUGAGCAUCAGCAUCCAGCCCGACUGUCAUAUUUCCACCACAAUCCCACCUGAUAACCUCUGCUCACUAUGUGACAAUAAGCAAGGCAUACCUCAGUUGCUCUUAGUAGACAUUCUUCACAACCAUCCUCAUGCGCAAUGCAACCGACCAAUCCAUCUCUAAUCACACAAUGCCCAUCUCCUCACUGCUCCACGCACCUGCCGUUGCCGCUGCCGCUGCCGCUGCUGCUGCUGCUGCUGCACCUGAUGCCUCAUCCGGCUGCCGGCUGCCGGAUGCCGUCUGCACAACCAUCAUGCCCACCUCGGUGAUCUGCAAUAGCAUCGCCAAGGCCGCCAGCGCCGCAUGUGCGGGCCACGUACUCCUUACUGUGCCACAUACAUGA